GCAGGGCGUUACCUAGCUUCAGGAACCGUCUCCCAAGCGACUUUUUUUAUCAAUGAACCGUUUUCUGUCUUAUUUUUACCCUUAACCUGACAGGUCGUCUUUCCCCGGAGUCUCUCUGCCUCGAGGCUUCUUCACCCCCUAAUUAGUUCACCGCCCAGCGAGACGAGCCACGUCCGCUCCGGCUCUCGUCCGAAAAACCAACGACAAUCGACGGCGAGGAAACAUUCAAAACCACCACAAAUACAGACGCCAUGGGCUAGUGACGGUUCCUGGACCUGAAAACAUCGACGCAUGGCCUCACAGCGCCUCACAGGGGUCAUCCAGAGAUCUUCAUUCGCCAGCCGUCGCCACAUCCAGCCCAAUCUUAAACCCGGCUUUCGCAUCCGUGUCCUGCCCCCGAAUAUCCACGGCCAUGGAUGAAAUGCCAUCCAGCGUGCGAACCAGUACCGCCCACCACCCACCACAGGGCCCUGUCCCAUUCUCUCCAGAUCUCUCGCUCUCCCUCCUAUCGAUUUCAAGGCUCCAUCCGAUCUGCCUGACAGCUUUUAGUUCCGCCGACAGAAAAACCAGGGUCCAGCGUUCGCCGCCCCCCGGCGUGUUGCUUGCACUCCCCCCCGUCCACAUCCCCAGAUCAGAACUAUUUCUUCCCACACUCUCAAGACGCGCGGCUAAGUGGAAACGCACUUUGCCGCGCUUCCGUUAUUCCAGAACCUUGGUGUUUCUCGUAACUACCCGGCCCGAAUUGCUCCAUCGUCGGGCUUGUCCGAGAGCGAACCCGACUGCCGACCUACGUCACUGGCCUCAACACGCAACACACUCAUGGAUUGCUGGGUCUUUUGCGGCGGUUCGUUGCUUCUCACUCCCUACUUCUGAGUUGCGUACUGUUGUUUACUGUACUGUACUGGACUCGGCUUCGCAUUUGUCUGCGCUGUCAAGCCACAAUAAUUAAG